ACUGGCGGGUUCAGGCUCAGGGCAGCUUGGACGAUACCAUCUGCGGAAGGGCGUUGGGGCGAUACCAUCUUAAGGGCGCGAAGGGGGUGGCAAAGAACAGACUCGGAAGGUGCUACUUUGGAGGAGGCAGGGCGCACGUGGGAACCCGAAGGGACUGGACAGCCGCCCACAUCCCCAUUUCCCUUCCCCAGCCGUCCCGAUCCUGCCAUGAGCGCUCUGGUGCGGACCGAGCCGCUGCCCGGGGAGCCGCCUCUGCUAGUGAGCGGCGACCCUUACUCCGUGGUGGUCCUGCUGCAGGGCUACGCGGAGCCCGAGGGGGUCGACGGUGCGGUACGCGCCGACGGCUCCGUGACGCUUGUGCUGCCUCAGGCCUGGAGCUCGGCCUCCGGCACCCGGGAGUCCCCGCCCGAGGGCGGCGGGGCGAAGACCGCCCUGGAGGAGGUGGCCCGUGGCCCCAUCCUCGUGGACACUGGGGGCCCCUGGGCUCGGGAGGCGCUCCUGGGGGCCCUGGCGGCGCAGGGCGUGGCCCCCGGAGACGUGACUCUGGUGGUGGGCACCCACGGACACUCGGAUCACAUCGGGAACCUGGGGCUUUUUCCCGGGGCGGCUUUGCUGGUCUCGCACGACUUCUGCCUCCCCGGGGGCCGCUACCUCCCCCACGGGCUAGGUGAGGAGCGGCCCCUGCAGCUGGGCCCGGGGCUCGAGGUGUGGGCCACGCCGGGCCAUGGGGGCCAGCGGGACGUGAGCGUGGUGGUGGCGGGCACGGCCCUGGGCACCGUGGUGGUGGUGGGCGAUGUGUUUGAACGCAACGGAGACGAAGACUCAUGGCAAGCGCUGAGCGAAGACCCAGUGGCCCAGGAGAGGAGCCGGAAGAGGGUCCUAGCCACUGCGGACGUGGUCGUGCCUGGUCACGGAGCCCCCUUUAGGGUGGUCAGGGAAGCCCCUCAGCCAGGGAACUGACGUCCAGAAGACCAGAGGAACCGCCCUGUCAGCCGAGUCAGAGGAGUCAGGGGUGAUCGCUUCCAGCCCUUGCAAGAGGCUGGUUUUCCAGCGAGGACAGUCAUCUGUAUCACUGGUUCUGCAACCAGACUAGGACCAAGGACUGGCUCAGCCGUGUGCCACCUCUUGGGGCCCCCGUAGAAUGGGAGAAUGUUCUUGGGAGGGUCGUCCAAAAUAAAAAUAGGAAACUGCAGAGAAAAUCAUAAAGCCCUAAUGUAAAUGUGAAUCCUUAAUAGUGAUAAUCAUGCAGAUUUGGUAACUAGCAACUGCAACACGGGGGGUACUUUGGCCAAUUGCUUAUUUCUCAUAAGAUGGAGGCUUGCUGAGAGAAGGUGCAGGGCAUAGAAGUAAGACCUUAGUCAUCUGACUUUCAUCCAUCUGUUCGUUUGAGGAAUAUUUAACACCUGCAAUGAUUCAAGCACUGCCCUAGCUCAAGGGGAUGCAACAGUGAGCAAGCUAGACAAACUCCCUGUUCCUUAUGGAGAUUACAUUCUACAGAGACAGAAAGACAACUAAUAAUAGUAAACCAAAUAAUUACAGAUUGUGUUUAGUGAUAUGAAAGAAAAGGAGGGAAAGAUGGGGGUAGAGUGCCUGGAUGGGAAGAUGGCCUCUUUUAUUUAAGGUGGUCAGGGAAAGCCUCUGAGGAGAUCAUUUUUAAUCAGGGAACUGAAUGGGAAGAAAGCCAACCAUAUGAGGAUCUGGCAGAUGUGCAUUCCAGGCACAGGAACAGCAGGUAUAAAGGUCCUGAGGCAGGAUGGUUUGACCUGCUUGAGCAGCAAGAAGAGCAUGGGGUUGGACUGCAGAGUGCCAGAGGAGAGUGACAACAAAUGAGGAUGCAGAGUUCAGCCAGGCCAUCAUGGACCACAGUUAGGGGUUUGGAUUUAUACUGAGAUGGAAAGCUUUGGCUUCUGAGGAGGCUAAUGACUUGGUCUCAUUUAAAGUAACUGCUCUUGUUCUGAGAGGAGAAGUGGUCAGAGUGGGGCAAGAAUAGAAUCAGCUGGACUGGUUAGGAAGCUAUUGUGGUCUUCCAGGCAAGAGAAGUCAGUGGCACCUGCUCUUUUCCUAGAAAUCCUAUUAUGGCACUGGUCCUCUUCACAACUGUGUCCCAGGCCCUCCAUCCACACAGUCCCAGAACCCGCAGAAGCACUCAGGUGUGGCAGAUGAAGGAAAGGAGCAAGUCCACUUUGCUGCAGAUGAUGAGCCACCCUGGGUGGAUGCCAUGAGGCAGGGCCUGACUGGGGGUUAUUUCCCUGGUGUCCACCAAAGGCAGCUCAGAGGAACCGGUUCACCUAGAGGGUGAACCAGUAGCUGCCACGCACAGACUUGUAGUUGGUGUUGGCCAGUUUGAUGACCACAGAGUGCAGAGUUCCGGGCCAACAAUUCAGCCACAGCUGCCCAGAUCCCUGCCAGUCACCAGAUAAAGAUAAAUGGAGUGAAGGUGGCAAUAUGGGGACCCAGCCUCAGAACUACCAUGGUGUGGGGGCCCUUGGCCAGAUUUUCUAGCUUCUGGACCACAGAGUGCUGGGAGGUUACUGGUGUGUGGAGAGAGUACAGGGGCCAGCUGUGGGCCCACCAAUGCAGCACUGUGCCCUGAGUGGUCUCCGGGGCCAUCAGGGGCCCCAUCUGAUAUGUGGAAUGUAGAUCCAACAGCUUCAGGGCUGUAGGGAGGAUGAAAAAGGAGUGGAUGGGGGUUAUUUAGAACUAUGCACUUUCAACUUGUACAAAUAAAAACUCCAGUCCUGACUUACUUUCCAGAAUAUGGUCCUCUGCCCACGACUCAGGUCUAGUCAUCUAGAGCAACCCAUCUCUUUGGCCACACUGAUGUCUCCAGGAUGGGCAUUCUUAGGGGUUUUGUUGGAGCUAGUGGGAAAAAGUCUAGUUCUUUCCUGAAAGACUGACAUGGGAGAUGUACGGAAGUGUUGAAUCACUAUAGUCACAUAUAUCACGAUGUGCACACCUGAAACCAAUACUACCCUGUUAUGUUAGCUAACUGGAAUUUAAAUAAAAACUUUAAAAACGGACGUGAGAGGAGAAGUUAUUUGCCACCUUGUGGGAAGAGCCCAUGGGCUCUGGGGUCAAGUGGAGGCUGAGGCUGAAGCUGAACAGUAGGGGGCAGAAAU